UUGUGAGUCUCGUACAGGCCACUAAACGUCUGUCAAAAGAUAAAAUACCAUUCCAAUAUGACAAAACCAUGUCAUCCGUCAUAUUAGGCUAGGAUACCAAAAUUUUGGUGUAGAAUAUACACAGAAUAAAAACGUAAAAUGUAGAAAAAAAACAGAAAAUGCCAAGCUACGAGGUGUGCCAGCACUGCAGCCACUCCGUGCGGAACAGCGACGCUGCCUUCAGAGGAUACAGCUACCACAGACAUUGUCGGAAGUGUUACGUGUGCAGCGAAACCGACCUGCACGGUGCGGAGGUAUUUAGAGGCGUCAUUUUCUGCGCAAGUUGUGCUAAACGCAUCUUCAGAGGUUGUUCAUCGGCUCGAAGAGCAAGGCCUGCGCGUACGCAGCGCCGCCGUCGUCGACGCGCUCCCGUGCACGGGGUUAUUGAGCGUGUCCGAGCACAAUCUGACACUACCUCCUCACAGGAUAACAGCAAGACAGAGACCGCAGUGCCGGCGACGGACCCUCGUACCUGUCCCGUCUGCUACUGCGUUUCGGACGUCGUCACGCAGGCGCGUCGGCUCAUCAACUUCAUCUAUUACCAGACGCAGAAUCUCAUACAAAACGAUACAACCGAUAUCGCCCAAUGUACCGAAAUGUGCCAGCGUAUGCUUGAAGAUUUGAAGUGUCCGAUACCAGAGCCCAGGUCACAAGCAUUCCCAAUACCCUCGCAGCCCGACAGCCUCUUACG